AUAUGUGACUUUAAUAUAUGCACUUGUCAAAACUUAUAGAAAAUGUUUUUAACGUUUUAUCUUUAAAUAUUAUUUUAUUUAUGUGUAUGUUUCUUCUCUGAAAAGUCUUUCAAAUUUUAUAUAUUUUUUAUUAUUUGUUUAAGUAGAUUUCUUUCUCUUUCUUCCUCUCUCUUUCCUUAAAAGUUUUGUAUUAAAAUUUACAUAUAAUUUAAUACAUUAAAACAUUUACUAAAGUAUUGCUAAAUUUAACUUACUAAAUAAAAUUUUAUAUUUGCAAAAAGUUAUUUAGAUAUUGUAGAUUUUGUCAGUGCUUUACUGUACACUUUUAAAUAUAAUUUAUUUCAUUUAUGUACUUGCUUUUUCUCGGAAACUUUCUUUUUUUAAAUUCCAUUUUUUCCCUUAUCUAUAUUAUGUAGAUUUUUUUCGCUAGUAAUUUUGUAUCAAAUUUUGUAUUCUCUAUUAAAUAAGUAAAUGAGUUAUAUAAUAAUAACGCUACAGCAUGCGUAGGAUACAUGUAAUUGAUUGCGUAUUAAUAAUUUAGUACAGAUUUGUUUGUGUCAAGUUCAAUGCUCUAAUAGGCACAUUGUGGAAAUAUUGCACAAUAAUGAUAUCAUGAAAAUUUCAUAAUAAUUGCACUAAGAUGAUACGUCAUAGCAAAACAGUUUAGAUUAAAAUUCCUAAAUAAUAUAUUUGUUAAAAAUUGGAUAUCUAAAUUUAAAAUAUCAGUUGUUUACAAUCUUUUCAAGAAUUAUUUGUAACUCUUUUUUUUGAAAUGUGUAAUAUUUCAUGCUACAAUAUUUGCACAUAUAUAAUUUAGAAACAAUUAUAUAUUUUUGUAAACAUGUAUAAUAAAUUGCUUAUAAUUUUUAAAUAUUUUAGGUAUAAUAUUUAAAAAAAUUUUUUUAUUAUUAAACCGUUAAUAUUUUUACAUCCACUUUUUUGUAAAUAUAUUUACAUAAUGCAGACUAUAAUUUUUACGCAGAAUUUCGUCAUAUAAAUGUUUAAUAAAUAUUGUCAUAUUUGGGGUAAUAUUACAGAAGAUGUUUCAACAUCGAGUAAUGGCGGAUAUCACUCAUCUAAAGAACUAGUUAGCGUUCAGAUUCAGUCGGAUGAUGUUGACACUACUACCACAACAUGUUCGGAAGAAUCGGUCAAAGUAGAGUUGAACGAAGUAAUCUCAUACAAAGAUAUCGAUCGCGCUCUCGCAACGCAUAUCAAACGUUCCAUCGACAAGAUACAUGAGAUAUCCGCGGUGCUUCAAGGUAUCUAAAAUAUUUAAAAUAUAAUUUACCGCUUUAAAGCGAGACGCGAUGAAUAAUUAUUACCCAGCGUUGAACAUUUUAUUAAGGCGCCGGAGAUCACCACGUGCAAAUUGUCAAAGAGUUCACGAGGCAGCAGCACGAGCUGCAAAAAAAGGACCUCGAGAUCACAGAACUGAAGCAAAAAGUGGCGGAGCACGUGCUGCGGAGGGGCGAGGGUGACUGCGCGAUUCAGGAACAAUUGAGAAAGAAGAUGUUGGAGAAAGAGAGGGUGCUGGAAACUAUAAUAAAUAAGAGGGAUUCGACGAUCGAGAGGCUGCACGAACAUCUCGCCUCGUUGGAGAGCGAUAUUGUUUCUUACCGCGCGGAAUGCGACGCGUUAAAAGUCGAGAACACCGAUCUUGUCAAUGCGAAAAAUUUACUGUCAAAGGAGAACAACGCACAAAGUGAAGAACUGAGAGCGCAGAAGAACCAGAUAUGUGAGUUAAUUAAGCAGAUACACGACUUGCAGCAGACUGUCGACGUCUUAAAGGAGGAAACGAAUAAUGUGGAAAACAUGAGGAAGGAGUUAAUAACUUUGUUAUUAUUUUUAUUUCUAUUAAGAGGAUUUUUUACUUUGUCACGUUAAUUUUUUAGAAGAUUUUAAAGGAAUUUUUUAUUUUAGGAAAAUGGAUAAAUACACGUAAAUAACGCGAUUUUGCUGAAGUAUUAAAAAUUUAGAUAGAUAUAAAGUAAUUUUGUUGGACCAUCAAAAUAAUUAGGAAAAAUGUUCAAGCAUGAUAAGCAAUGCUGCAAAAAAUUUUAAUGUUUUAGCAACUAGUUUGAAUGUCCAACAUAAUUGUCUUAAUAGUCUAAUAAAAUUAUUUUUAGAUCUGUAUUUACAGCUAAAUCUUUAGAUACUUUAAAAAUUAUUCUUUUCAUUUUUUUUAAAUUAUUCUUUUCAUUAUUCUUUUAAAUUAUUCUUUUAAAUUUUUCUUAUUCUUUUAAAUUAUUAUUUUCAUUAUUUUUUAAAAUUAUUUUCUGUUCUUUAUUUAUUCAAUAUUAUCUAAAUUUUUAAUUUCAAUUUAUUGGAAAAUCCGAAAUCAUAGUCACCGAUGGACCGUGCAUAGGUCAAAUGGAUCUACUCUGUUAAUAAGUUAUUAUUUACAGUUUUAUUUAAAAAAGCAGAAAGUCAAUCUUCAAUAAUAAUAAUAAAUAAUAAUAACGAUUUAAACAAUAAUGAAUAAAGAACAAAAAGUAAUUUUUUAAAAUAAUUUUAUUUAUUUUCCUAAAAAAAAUCUCCUACAAAAUCAGCUUAACUUCUACAAAGUGGAAACUCUCUUAACACUCAAUCAGUCAUUCUUAAGUUGACUUGUUGGUUCAACAGAUUGAUCGAAUUGCAAAUGAAGAACAAUGAUCUUACGAAUAAACUUAUACAAGCCAAUGAGGCUGUCUCCAAAAACGCCGAGUUUAUAGCAAAGCUGGACGAAAAGAACAGGAUGGCCCUGACUCACGAGAGCAUCAAAUACGAUGCGAUGGUGACGCAGAAACACAGCGACAUUGUGAAGCUGCGGGAGGAGAAUCAAUCGCUGCGCGAUCAGUUAAGGGAGACUGAAUCCAAACUCGCGUGGAGCAAUGAAACGAUAUCGUCUUUGAGGAGGGAGAGUGACAAUGCAGCCGCGAUAAAUGUCCUGCGGGCGAGUCUCUCGGACUUGGACGUGGAUAAGGAGAGGUUGUUGGCGAAAGUGGACUAUCUGAAGAGUGAAAUAGCAAGUUACCGGAGUUCUACCGCGAGCGUCGAAAGUAGAUUGCAAGCGUUGUCGCAUGGAAACGAGACAUUGAGGGCGGAUAUAGAGGCUGUGAAAAGUACUAACGAUCAAUUGUUAUACCCUCACGAGGAUACGGUAAAGUCAUCCCUAAAGGACGCACUGUACACACUUCCCAAAAAAAUUUACGAGACAAUUCUGCGUCUCCGAACAGAAAUUGAUGCAGAGACAGUAGACAUAUCUGAACAUUGUUUGAAUAAAGAAGCUGUCAAAAUCGAAGACGAGAGAGAAAAGCCACAGACAAAAGUUUAUGUUGAUAAGUCUUGUCAGCAAGACGGGGACACAAUGGAUCCUGUCGCUCAAAAAACAAAUUGGAAUUCUGAAAACUCAGUGCACAAGUUAAGAUUUCUUGAGGGACAAGACGAGGAAAAGUUGCGAGAAAUUAAAAAUUUAAUGGAUGACGUAAAACUAAGAGAUUGCGAAAUAAAGAGCCUUCAAGAGUACAUUACCCAUUUGUUGCAAAAGAAAAACGAUCUGCAAGCUAAAGUUAAAGAUCAGGUGAAGGAAUAUCAGAGCAAAUUGACGUUAUUGAAGAAAAAGUACGACAGUAGUUUAAAUGCUUUUCAUAAGCGGCAUAAUGAAAAUAUCGAGAGAUUACAGGCGCGAUUUGAAGACAUUAUGAAAAUGGAGAAGAGCUCGUUUGACGCGGAGAGCUGGUUACAGGUACGGCAAAGGAGUCGAUUAACGAGGAACUUCUUGCGUCAGUUCGUUAGCGGUUAUUCUUUCCAGUCGCUGAACUUAAAGGAGCUGUCGGAGCUGCAUAAUCGAAUCAAUAUUUUGAGUUCCCACGCGGCCGAGAAUACAGAAUUGGAUAUCGCACAUAUUGAAACAAAGAAGAAUGACUGUUGGAAUAAUUCCCAGGAGCACAGGUUUUACAAUAAAUUCACUUUGCGCAAGCGGUACACGAGGCAGGAUAAGUCGCCUGUAAGCAGAAAAACAAGCAAAGAAGAGCUUUACUCCAAAAUUCUCAAUGCCGAGAAUGAUGAUAAGAUUGCCGUAACAGAAUUAUACUCUCGCGAUUUAAGACUUAAACAGAAACGCAGUUUCUCUGAGGAUAAGAAGGGAAAUGCGGAAUCGCCUAAUUCUAGAACAGACAGAACUCUUGACAGGCAGAGAGAGAAAUUUAUUUAUCAAUGUAGCAUACAUCAUAAAUUGAGCAACGCCCGUUGAUGUGCACCAGCGUGGUGGUAUUUUAUAACGUGAGGAAAUGUUGAGCGCAAAAAGGAUCGUAAGAGGCAAGAUAUUUUAUCAUCUUCACGUAUUCCGCAAUCACGCGCAUUGAGAUUGACAAAGUGUACUCUAUACAAACCCAAUGCAGAAUCAUUUUUUACUCGCUCUUUUUUUCUUAGUAUACGUACAAUUUUUUCGAUGUUUUUUUCACCUGCUGUUGUUAUUUAUCUAACCGAAGUUGUAUUCGCGUUAUUUGUGUUUCGUAAAAAAAA